AUGAAUGGUUCAGGCGCUGGCAAAAGCACUGUGAAUUUAUCUCUCCCCAAAUUGGUCAAUACUACUUCCAGUUACUUUCCGAUAGAUAAAGAUACAAAAUUUAGUCCUAGUUUUCUCAACCUUUCCUGUGGCAACUUGAGCCACAAGACAAAGAUAUAUGGCCUAAUUUUUAGACUGGUAAAGGCUUUACAGCAAAAGAAAACAGCUUAUGAUUCUAUUUCGACCGGUGUGAUGGAUCCAGAUAAUUUUGAUUUCACGCUUGAUCGGGAACUUGAGGAUGAUGUUGUAGAUGUUGAAGAAGUUGAACUUGGAGGUAAUUCUAAUCCUCUUGUGUCUACGAAUGCCAAUGUUAUUGAUAUUCAAGAUGAUACAGUAGCUGAAGUUGGUCAAAAUAGAUUGAAAAGAAAGGUUCCACCACAAGUGCGUAAACUUAAAAAAGAGCCUGGAAAAAGAUAUAGAUCUCCUGCCUGGGAUCACUUCAACGAUAUUAAAGAGGGUGGGGAAACCAAAUGGGCUGAGUGUAAGUAUUGCCAGAAACGAUAUGCAGCUGAAAGUAAAAAACAUGGCGUUAGUAAUUUAAAAGCUCACAUCCCUGUUUGCCCAUUAUAUCCUAAUAGAGACCAACAUGGACAACAAAACCUUUCAUUUCGACCCACAGACGGGGGCGGUGUCAACGUUGUGACUCAUGUCUUUUCUUUUGACGAUUGUAAGAGAGCUCUUGCCGAAAUGGUCAUCAUUGAUGAACUACCCUUUAGGUUUGUUGAGGGGAUUGGGUUCAGAAAGUUUUGUAAGGUCAUGCAACCGAAGUUUUCACCGGUUUCUCGCCAAACGAUAACUAGAGAGGUUGGUGCAAUUCAUAAAAAUGAGAGGGCAAAACUGAAAAAAUUCUUGAAGGGUCGUAGGAUUUGCCUCACGACUGAUACAUGGACAUCAAUUCAAAAUCUUAACUACAUGUGUCUCACUGCACACUUCAUUGAUGAUGAUUGGAAGUUGCAAAAGAGAAUCUUAAACUUUUGUCAAAUUGAAGAUCAUAAGGGAGUUACCAUAGGCAAGAAAAUUGAGUCAUUGUUGCUUGAGUGGAAUAUUGAUGGUAUUUUUACUUUGACGGUCGAUAAUGCAAGUUCGAACGCCACCGCUAUUGAGUACUUGAAAAGGAAAACAAUGGAUUGGAAAAGGACUAUCUUGGAGCAUGAGUACAUACAUAUGCGAUGUUGUGCACACAUUUUGAAUCUUAUUGUUGUUGAGGGGUUGAAAGAUACGAGUGAGUCUAUUCUCCGUGUUCGUGAUGUUGUGAGAUAUGUGAGAUCUUCUCCACAAAGAAUGGAGACUUUCAACAAGUGUGUGGAGAAGGAGAAAAUUAAAUCGAAACAAACUGUGUGUCUUGAUGUGUGUACUCGGUGGAAUUCUACUUACUUGAUGUUAGAAGUAGCCAUCAAGUUUGAGAAGGCAUUCCAAAGAAUGGGGGAGGAAGAUAGUAGUUUCAUAAAAUUUUUUGGCAUAAAAGAAGGCGAGGACGAUUUGUCAUUAGAGUUGGAGGGUGGCCAAAGUGGGAGCCAUAGGAUUAGUGUCCCAACUCCAAGACAACCAACUGUCCCAAACAAGCUUGAUUGGAAGAAGUGUGGGUUGUUUGUUACAUUUUUGAAACUUUUCUAUGAUGCAACCAAGAAAUUUUCGGCUUCCCUUUUUGUCACAUCCAAUGUGUUCUUUCAUGAGUUGUAUGAGGUUCAAACCCGUAUAGAUGAAUUAAUUGCCAACCGAGAUCCUUUUAUGUCUUCAAUGGCAAUUGAAAUGAAACGAAAAUUUGAGAGAUAUUGGGGGGAUGGAGAGAAAUUCAAUCCCCUACUUUAUGUGGCAGUGGCAAUGGAUCCCCGAUUUAAGUUACGGUUGGUGAAGUUUUGCUAUACAAAAUCUAAAGGAAAGGCAGAGGGUGAGAAAAUGGAGAAACAAGUGAAGGAUGUUUUGAACCGGUUGUAUGAUUCUUAUGCGAAAGAGGGUGAAGGUAGACAAAAUGUGCCUAGUGCAAGUCCAAUGCCGAGAGUAAUGGAGGAGAAUGAGGAUUGUGAUCAUCGCUUGAAUUUAGCUCUUGAAUUUGACACUUACUUGGAAGAGGAGUAUUCUAGUGGACAAUCCGGAUUUUGA